AUGUUCAACGCCUCGACGGGAAAGGACUGGACUACAUCGCAGAUGAUGAACUACUGGAAUAAACUGCGAACUGAACAUAAAGACAUGUUUGAGUUACUGCAAGGUACUGGAAUUGAGUACCGCUCAAGUGCCGGAAGAAUUCACGCCCCAGACCAUUGGUGGGAAACAAAAAUUAAGCUCCUCAUUUUCGAGAUGCUAAUUGCAGUUGACGAUGAUGUUGGUUGUGUUGGAGAACAACCCAAAGUAUGUGAAGUACAUGAACUUCAACUGUACAAUAGCGACAGAGAGUACGGAGGCGGCAAGUAUCCCAUUAAAGCGGAGGCAACAGAUUCCAGUGGCAGCCCAGUCGAAGGUAGAGCUAAUUUCUCCAUAAAUAUAUUUGGAAACCAUAGUGGGGAUAAUAGAAAAUUGAAACACAGGAAGGUGAAAGGAAAGAAGAAAAUGUACGGUGCCCGAGAGGUUUCACCUUCACUUGAGCAGUUGGAAGGUGAUCGGCUCCACCUCUUUGCCCUGUGGCUCCUACGGGACAAAGAAAAUCGUAACUCAUACUGUGCUGCCAAGACACCUUAUUUGAGAUUUAAGUUCAUCGAGCACUGUUUCGAGAGGUACAGUUUGUCACUUCACCGCAAUUGGUGA